AUGUCGACUUCCCCGCCUCCGCGCCGGCGGUUCAUCCCUGACCCAGUCGAGACCACGGUGAGAAGUUCAAGAUCUGCAUAUAGCCCAUCUUCGGACCCCUCAUCCAGUCAUGGCUCAGUCAAUCCACGUGCCUUAAAUCCCGACCCUGUGCCUCCUCAGGCCAAGCCUCGGAGGUUUCUGCCUCAACCGGUGGAGGAGAGUACCCGGAGUUCGAGGAAGAAGGACGUCAAGCAUACCGAAGAGUCUACAGCCCAAGGAGAGUUGACUGGGGUCAACUUGCAUUUAUCUACACACGGUCCUCCCCCCUCUGGUGUUUCUGAGAGCAGGCCCUCGACAACCCCAAGACGCUUUGCACCAGAUCCAAUAGAGACCAGUUCCCAUUCUUCGAGGAGGAGGUUUGCCCCUGAGCCAAUCGAGACGAGCAUAAAAAGCAGCAAGAAUAGGGACCCUCCGCCGGACGAUCAUCCAUCCAAGCCUCGUCGGAAGUUCGCUCCCGAACCUGUCGAGACGUCGACGAGAAGCAGCAAAGACAAGACGUUGCAAGAGACUGAAGAUACUUCGACAGCACGUCCUCGCCGCAAAUUCCUCCCUGAACCAAUUGAGACCACCACCAGAAGGAGGCGGAAUACAGAUUUUCAAAACACUGAACAGGAGCUUUCCAGAUCCGCAGACUCAUCGGCUUCUAGCAGGAGGUCCAGUGGGCCACGCAAGUUCUCGCCGGAGCUGUUGGAAACCGCAAAAGGCUCGUACCGACGCGUACAUCUGCCUACAUCUGAGUUCCAAGGGCAUGCUCUUCCUCGACGUCCAGCGUCACCACGUCCGGAUCAGGAAUUCCGAGUGGACGGAGCCAGUGGGCUUGAGGAGUCACGAUUCUCAGCAGCUGCUCUCGCUCGCAGACGGCCCGAAGCAUCCCGCCAACAUUCAUUUGUUGUUCCUGACUUACCGAUGAUCGAAUCGACCACUGAAGAUGAUACAUCUGAAGCACCGUCACUAAGCGAGUCUCCCUCGUCCGUGGACACAGAGAACAGGAAAGAGCCCAGUCGACCUCCUAUACAGAGCAGCUACACAGACUAUGUCCUCCGGCUGGCCGCGGACACGGUGACCGAAAAAGAGUUACAGGAACAGGCCAUGGCUGCCUAUAUCAAUGAGCGACCGCACGAACCUGUGGACCAUUUUGCCAUUGAUGCCGACGAAGAAGACGGGCCCCUUCCUGUCCCCAUGUUUCAAGGGGAGAAAGGCGUCGAUGCGCGGACCUUCCGACGAUCAUCCGCCGCAGAGCUGCAUUUAGAAUUGCAGAGUAUGCAGAAGCACCACGAGCUACUGGAAUCGACCAGGCGAGGGCUGAACCCCGAUCCUGCCAGUCACAGUCGUUUCAGCGCUGCUGCUUUGGCCAGCCGUCAGGCCGUAGAGGCCAAAGGCCCGAAUAAAUCCAAGAAAGCCAGAGCCGCGGAUGAGGACUCGGAGCUCGCUCGCAUGAUGGCAGCGGCAUCCCCUCCCAUGCUAGGUGGCAGCCUUGUUUUCCCAUAUACUAUCUCACCCAAGAUGACGCGGUGUGAUCCCGAUCAACCCCCACGACCGCGGAACACUGGCAGCCGCGACGAGGCCAUGGACGAGGAAAGCCCGAAACUGUGGAUCUCGAACAAACAACCCGAGAACAAUGCUGAUGGCGGGCUGUGGAUGGGAAUGUGCCAAGUAGGGACGUGGCAACCUGUCAACCAUCAAAUGAAUGGGUUGAACACCGGCAUCCAAACGCCAGCUCCCCUCAGUCCCAUGGUGGAAAGAAACAACCCCUUUGAUUCCAUGACGGCCGGUCGCGGCCGGCAAACUCCUGGAAGGCAACGGCCUUAUUCAGGCAUGAAUUUCCUCCCGCUGACGCCUCCACGAAGCAACGACGGCGAUGACGGGUUUACGAGCACCGUCGACAAAAAGCUCCAACUGGAGCAUCAGAUCGAUGAAGAGUUCCCAGCGCGCGUCAUUACGCAGAUAUACAAUUAUUUGAGCCUUGGAUACCCCAGCCUUGCACAUAUGUUCGAUGACGAACUGAGCAAGAUAAGUAGGAUCCCGAUGGAGGAGCUCAGGAAGGACGACAACCUCGUCGACGCCAGGGGCUACGUCGGCGCACCCGAAGGCGACGGAUCUGACGAGAGUGAGGUUGUCGGCAAAUGUAAGCGGUGGGAAGCCUUGCGACUAUACGUUCGGGAGUGGGCUCGACAGAGUCCGAACUUCUUACACGAAUCAAUGGGGCCGGUGGUGGUGAGUGCGAACGAUGAUUGGGGAGCCCGAGCCAGGAAAGGUAGUUGGGGAUUCUAA